UGUUUUCUUCCCCCUUCCAGUUCGCACCUCUCCCUCUCUCUUUCUCUCUCUCUCUCUAGGAUUGUCCCUGCGCCCUCCGCCGCAUCCGACGCCUCCACCGUCUCGCCGGCGGCGAUGGGCCCCCGGAAGCUCCUCCUCUCCGCCGAGCCACCGGCGGCGAACGUGACCUCCUCCACCUGCCUGAGCUGGUGCGACCCCUCCUGCUCCACCGGCUGCCCCGAGUACUCCUCCCCACCGCCGCCCGCUGCGCCCUACUGGCCCCCGUCCUACGUGCCCUCCGACGCCAACGACGGCUCCGGAUCCGCCCGCUUCCCCCCCGCCGUGAUCGUCGUCAUCGGCAUCCUGGGCGGGGUCUUCCUCCUCGUCAGCUACUACUUCAUCAUAGCCAAGUGCUGCCUGCACCGCCGCCGCCGCCGGCGGAGCCGAUCCCGCGACCAACCGGCCUCGGACGGAGGAGGCGGGGGCGGCGGCGGGGGCGAGGAGGUCGUCGACGAGGACCGCGUGGACCACCCGAUAUGGUACAUCCGGACGGUGGGGCUGAGCCCGGCGGCGAUAAGCGCGAUCGCGAUGUGCGAGUACCGGAAGGGCGAGGGCCUGGUGGAAGGGAGCGACUGCACGGUGUGCCUGAGCGAGUUCAGCGACGGCGAGACGCUGAGGGUUUUGCCCAAGUGCGGCCACGCGUUCCACGUCCCCUGCAUCGACACGUGGCUGAGGUCGCACACCAACUGCCCCCUCUGCCGCGCGCCGAUCGUCGGCCCCAUCCCUCUCCCCCUCCCCCUCCCUCCUCCCGAACGUCUCUCUCAGCGUCUCGACGGCGGCGGCGACGGCAAUCGCGCGGCGGCGGGGGCUGUCGUCGGCGGAGGCGAAAACAGCAAUGGAGCAGGAGCAGGGGCAGGUGGGGUUGAAUCUGGAGAAUCCAACAGCGAUGGACUGUCGAAGGAGAUUGACGAGGUGAAUGGUCGGGACGGUCAGCUGGGUUUGGUGGAGGAGGAGGAGGAAGGGGUUGUUCCGGUGAGAAGGUCGGUUUCGAUGGAUUCUCCGUUUCUGGUAAUCGAACUGCGGCAAGUCUCGGAAUCGCAAUCGUCCGAUGCGAACACGAGCGAGCCGAGAACGACCCACGAUUCUCAAUCCUCGGCGGAUCGUGCCAACACGAGCUCUCACCCGAGGUCGCUCUCUUGGAGCGGGAGGCUCUUCACGCCGAGACAUAACAACAACAGCAACAGUCGGAACUCAUCAAACUCGACUCUUCCCCGGUAAUCUCAACCGAGUCCCUGCCAUCUAUUUUUCUGGGUUUCCUUUCAAGUUCAAAAUCGGAGGGCACACAGAUAUCUGCAACAGUGUCAGCAAUCGAGGGUUCGUCCAUGAUCAAGUCACGAGACGCUUAUAGCUGAGAGAAAUGGCCCAGUUUCUGAUCCAGUGCAGGAGAAGUUUUAGCUGCCAUGAGAAUGAAAGAGAGUGUAAAUUGCAUUUUUAUUUAACGAUGAUUAAAGAGAUGGGAAAUGGACAAAGUAAAUUGGUCAAUCCUCUCUCUCUCUUGCCUAGGAAGACGAAGUUUCAAGUUUAGCUUUUGCAUUUAUGUCUCUAUCUGGGCAAACAUGCUGAGCUUUUUUCCUGGUUUUUCCAGAGACUUUCAUGUCCAUGGUAGGGGAAAAAACUGUAUCAGGGAAAGCACUGCUCGCGUUUCAAACACGAGUUUGAAACUUAGUUUUGAAACCUCCCUGUUAAUCUAGUGCUUUAAAUGACCAUUAUAGGUGAAUUCGAUUUCAGCUC